AUGAAAGGAGAAAAGUGGAAAUUGUUCCGUGCCACCGAUUUUCAAUCUUUGAUGUAUCCCAACUUUAUUAUAAGCAAAAUUCUCGGAAUAUUUCCAUACCAAAUUAAGGCUUUGUCUUUUGAAACAUCUAUACCGCGCUAUAUUCUAUGGACUAUUAUUCUCUGCGUAAUCUGUGUUUAUGAGUUUACAAUGUUGUAUGAACUCAAUUUUUCUGGAAAAAUCCUGGAAAAAAAGAUUGAUAUACCCAAGACUAUCUCGUUGAAUUUUUCCUUUUUAUAUGGAUUAUUUCUAACGAUCGUCUCUUAUGCUUUGAGCGGUUCGCGAAUGCGUUUACUUCAGACUGUAUCAGAUAUUUCUUCAAGACUGUCCCAAAAGUCGUAUCAAAAACUUUCUAAAUUAAUACACGCUAAGGACAUAUUCGGAUUUUUUUUUCAUUUUUGGUUAGCGUUAACAUAUUUCUUGAAUUCUGAAACAAUGAUUUUCGGUUUAUUUGACAUAUUCAGAGUUGUUAUUAGCUUGUUGGCAUUUCAAAUGGAUAUGCUAUACAUAAAUUGCGUUUGUGUCUUAAAGGCUUGUUUCAAGGAAAUCAACGAUAAUAUCGAAAAUCUACAGGAAUUCGUGAUGAAUAAUAUUCCUAAACGGAUAUAUCAUGAGCAGAAACAUCCAUUCUUGCUGAUAAAACUUAAGGCUCUGAAAAAACAGCAUCUGAUGAUAAGUGACACAGUGCAGAUGCUUAACAUGAUUUUCAGUCUGCAUCUUCUUGCUACCAUAGCAUUAUCCUUCAAGCAGAUAAUAUUCUACUUGUAUUUCAAUGUAAUACAAUGGCAAAAUGGAAUAUCCUUGAAUCGAGACAGGAUUUAUAACAUAUAUUUCAUAUCAUUCUUAAUAUAUUACUUUUUAAGAUUGACAAUGAUAGUGUGGGCUUGUGAAACUGGCAAAAAUGAAGCGACAAAAACUAGCACUACCAUUCACGAUGUACUUAAUAGUAUCAGCGAUGUGCAAAUCAAAGAUGAGUUAAAUUUGUUCUCCUUGCAAAUACUGCAUUGCAAUAAUACAUUCUCCGCGAAAGGUCUCACGGUAGAUGCAACAUUGCUCACUACAAUGGUGAGUAGUGUUUCCACAUAUAUAUUAAUUUUAAUACAAUUUUUGAUCAUAACGCACUCUUCCUGUUUCAAAGAAGUCAACGAUAAUAUGAAGAAUUUACGAAAGCUUGUGAUGAAUAAUAUUCCCAGAUGGAUUCAUCAUGAGCAGAGAUAUCCGUUUUUGUUGAUAAAACUUAAGGCUCUAAAGAAACAGCAUCUGAUGAUCAGCAACACAGUGCAGAUGCUGAACGCAAUCUUCAGUCUGCAUCUUCUUGCUACUAUAGCCUUAUACUUCAAGCAGAUAAUAUUCUUGUGGGUUUGUGAAACUGGCAAAAAUGAAGCGAUAAAAAUUGACACUAUCAUUCAUGAUUUGCUUAACAGCAUCAGAGAUGUACAAAUUAAAAAUGAGAUAUUAAAUCUGUUUUCCUUGCAAAUAUUACAUUGCGAUAAUACAUUUUCCGCAAAAGGUUUUAAUAUAAAUGCAACGUUGGUCACUGAGAUGGCGUUGCCACGUAUCUGCUAG